UUUAUGUAUGAACUUUAAAGUUUUUGUUUCAUAUAUAAAAACUAUAUUUCUAGUCAACGAUGGUUGAGAGAGAUGAUCGGAGUAGAUCAAUAUAUGAGUAAAUUGGGAAGGUGAUCGACAAUGUCUGCUGCUCCUUCGGCCGCCGGAGAGGAGUCCCAGCAGGGCCUCCAAUUCAUCUUCGCGGCACUCCUACUCCUCUCCUUCACGUUGGUGCUACUCUUCUACCUCCGCCGCGAGAAGGCGGACGACGAAUCCAGCAGGCUCCGCCUCGCACCCGGUCCGCCGGGGCUCCCGGUCAUCGGCAACCUCCACCAGCUGAUCGGCGGACUCCCCCACCGCUCCCUCCAUCUGCUCUCGGCUGCCUACGGCCCCCUCGUCCGCCUCCAGCUCGGCCGCGUCCCCGCCCUCGUCGUCUCCUCCCCCGCCCUCGCCCGCGAGGUACUCAAGACGCACGACCUCGCCUUCUGCUCCCGCCCCGACCUCACGACCUGGCGCCGCCUCUCCUACGGCGGCCUCGACCUCGCUCUCGCCCCUUACACCCCCCGCUGAGCCCGCGCGCACCGGCUCGCAGCCGUCCACUUCCUCAGCCCGCGCCAGAUCCAACGCCUCGCCGGCACGAGGGAGGAGGAGGUGCGCAUCCUGACGCGCACCGUGGCCGCCGCCGCCUCGUCCGGCCGCGCGGUCAACCUAAGCGAGAGUCUGCUCUGUUUGUCGUGCUGCAUCAUUUGCCGGGCCGUGUUCGGGAAGAGGUUCGCGGCGGCCGGGGAGUGCUCGAGGAGCGAGCUCGGAGGAAUGAUAUCGCGGACGGCAGAGCUUUUGGGUGGGUUCGUCGCAGGGGACUUCUUCCCAUCGGCGCACCGCUGGCUCAACGCCAUCACAGGGGUGCAGGGGAGGCUGGAGAAGAACUUUAAGGAGAUGGACAGCUUGUUCGAGAGGGAAAUUAAAGCGCGAGAAAGCGCCGGCGGCGGCGCUGACGACGGCACCUUUACCACUAUUCUGGUGAACUUACUCAGAGAGGAAAAGAGUGAUAACGAAGUCGGCCUCACCAGGGACGGUGUCAAAGCUCUUCUCCUGGAUUUGUUGUUCGGCGGAACGGACGCAAUGGCGGAGGCAAUGGUAUGGGCCAUGGCGGAGCUAGCGAGGACUCCUCGCGCUCUCGCCAGAGCCCAGGAGGAAGUCCGCCGAGUGGCGGCUGGAAAACUCCACGUCGACGAGGGGGACCUUGAGCGGCUCAGCUACCUGCACGCCGUCGUCAAGGAGAUCUUCCGGCUCCACCCGGUAGCCGCCCUUCUGCUGCCCCGCGAGUGCCAGCAGCGCUGUAGGGUCGCCGGCUACGACGUCGCCGCUGGCACCAGAGUCUACAUCAACGUGUGGAGCAUCGGGCGGGAUGCCGGCACAUGGGAUAAACUCGAGGAGUUCCGGCCGGAGCGGUUCGAGGGAAGCCCCAUCGACUACCUAGGGCAGCACUUCGAGCUCGUGCCGUUCGGCAGCGGCCGGAGGAUCUGUAUGGGGAUCCCGAUGGCAGAGGCGGUUGUGGAGCUUACGCUGGCCAAUCUAUUACACGGAUUCGACUGGGCGUUGCCGAUGGGAGUGAGAAGGCAGGAGGUGGACAUGGGCGAGGUGUUUGGGAUUGUCGUGAGGAAGAAGGAGCCGCUCGUGCUGGUGGCAACUCCUGCGAAGUUACUUUAAUUGGAUAAUUUACUCACGUGAUAGCAGAUGAUUUUAGCCCACGGGCCGUGCCGGAAGGCCCAGUCCAGUUGGUUAUCAUUAUAUCCAUUAUUCUAAAUUAAAUCUGAACUUCCUAAACAUGUUUUUCAAUUUACCGGGAUGAUUAGUGAAA